GACGCUGAGCGGUGUAUUCAAACGGAAGCGGAAAGGUGACAACACAAGCCACAGAGGCACGAGCGCGUUUCGUCUUGGUGGUCGUGACACUGGUGGCACCACAGCGACCGCAGAUAACACGCCGAGUGAGCCCAGUGCCCGAAACCACCCACGAAAUGAGCGCGCCUCUGCAAACAGUAGCCUCGGAUAUCCGCAGCCUCUCCUCGCACCAGCGGACCAUGUCGACGACGGAGUUCGACAUGGCGCACCCUAUCGCAGCGAAGUCUGCGUUGAUCCAAGGAAGGCGUCAUGCACUCUCCGACAGGGUCAACCACAGUUUCUCUGGAGGUGCCCUCAGUGAAAAGACGAGCAGCGUGGACCAAGGGCCAUCGCCUACAAUUUGUUCCAGUGCAGAUGGGACCAAGCUGCGCCCUGUGGAAGUUCACAGUGCCACAGCACGAACAUGCCUGAAUGUGCCACGUCCCGAACCUGUUGUGCCGGUUCCAGAGGACAUUCCUCAGAGUCCUGAAGAGAAGGCUGGCGACCUUUCCAUGGAAGUGAUGCACAACAAGCUCGAUUGCUCAGAUGAGCUUUGUGUGCUGUCAGAGGAGCCUCUAGCUGUGGCUGAUGACGCUGUGGAAGACAGCUGGCUGUCUUCAAUCGCUGCGCCUGGCAUGGACCGUCUUGGCGGAGAACUUUCAAGCCAACUCGAGCUUGAGUUUGUAAAUCUUCACUGCGAUGCACCUGAAUGGCUGGAACCAGUCCCUGAUGUGCCAGUCCCAGCCGUGGAGCUCAGUGUGGAUGAGCUGGCAGAUUCAGAUGAAGAAGACUUGGAGAUUGAAGCCAUGCAUUUGUACGACGACGAAGAGGGCUUCUUCGACUUGCCAGAGGAGUUCAAACUGGAGGACAAGCACUUCGAGGUAUUUAGAGACCUGCGUGGCGUAAGGCUGCAUCUUAGGUGCAGCAUGGCGGUUGUUUCACCGAUGCCCCCAGAGAUUCCACCUCCGCCCGUGCUAGACUUGGGCUACAUGGAAGAUGACUUUGUGGACCUGGAGGCAAUCGACAAGCCUGUCCCACAAAGCGUACUUCAGUGUGUGCCUCUGGACUGAGCAAGUUCCACGUCCGUGCCUUCAAUCUGCGACUGUCUGCCCACGUCUGUGCCUGGUCAACUGAGCUAUGUCCAGAGUGCACUGCUUUCAAGUCGUUUUUUUUAUCUUUUAUGUGAGAGGCAGCACAUAAUUGGGGCUCCAAGCAUUCUGCACCAAAGAAAAUAUAAUGUGGUAGCUUGGAUUGUAUGCUGUGUCUGCCUUCUUACCUUUGAAGUGCCUCUGACGAACACUUUGCUGUGAACUUUAGCUGUAAGGACAUACCAAUACAGAGUGUAAAUAAAGUGUUUAAAAACUAA